GCAUGGUAAUGUGGUUCCUGCAUGUGCUCUCACUGACUCACUCUCAGUCUUUGCGGAUAUUGGUGAUACAAUUCUAGUCAUGGCUUCUUCAUCUUUCGAAUUCAAGCUUUCGGCGUCACAGAAUUCUCGGCUUGAUGUCGAAAUCCCAUUUCUGUGGCCUCGCUGGGGCGCAAGCGUUUGUAAAUGGUUAUUUACGAUUGUGGUAGCAAUAUUGACCCUAAGCGCCGCUGUUGCAAGUAGAAUGGCGUUAAUUGCAAUUCCUCGUUCAAAACAUAGUGGUAAUGAUGCUGAAAUGUUUUUAGCUCUGGUUAUUGUUAUCAUGGUACCAUAUUUAGUGGAGUUUUUGCGCAGUCUAUGGUUACAUGGAAUCGUGCCCGGACAUGAAUGGCCAACACCUUGUGCCAUAUUUGUUGGUGUUUUUGAUUCUCUUUUAGAAGUUUUUGGUGUAUGUUAUUUUACCAUUGCUGUCCUGACAUUACCUGAUCUGUCCUCUACAGAGCUGAUUCUCUACAUGAAUGCAGUGUUCAUUUUGCCUGCAUUUAAAUUUUACUUUGGCAGAGAAAAUGAGCGCUUUUCUGUGAUAAACAUCCUAGCUUAUGUUACAGUAUUUUUAGAUCUAGCUGCUUUGGGAUGGGGAAUAUACAAGUUUACUGGAAUAAGAGAAAGAACAGCUCUACCUGCAUCUCUGGUGUUACUAAAUGUUGCAUGGUUUUCACCACUGCGGAAAUUGCAGCUUCGAUCUCGUGUUGAAUCUCUAAUUGACUCACGAGAUUACAAUCCUUUGUCCAACAGUGAAGCGGAUUUGAGUUCAACAGACCGUUUGACAGAAUUUGAUGUUUUAUCGUCUUCAUACGGUCGAGCUACGAGAAAAUCUGGAGUUAUAAACAGCGCUAUUAAGUUGAUAACAACUCCAUUUGUCUGCGUUUUUUUCUGUCAUUUCUAUGAUGUUGUUAGUCUGUAUGAUGUUCAUGGCUAUCAAAUCAGUAACGGUCUUGAAAUAUACACUGUCUAUAUAUGGGUGAAUGUUAUUUGCAGUUUUGGAGUAUAUCUCUUGGGUUCUCUAUCUUGUAUGGUUGGUAUACAACGUCAGGCGUUUGCUUUUCCAUUGUUACUUGUCACUCCAGUUGCGAUAUUUCUAUCAUCAGCACAUUGGUCAUGCGAGUCUUGGACUAUUCCGUCAUCCUGUGGUUAUGUCUUGGGUGUAGAACAUUAUCAUGUGCUCAUUAUAGCAGCGAUGUUGUGGCUUGGUCUUAUGGCGUAUGUAAUGUUAUAUAUUUGGAAAGGGCAAGAAGAAACGAUGGUUCCAGAGAAAUACCUGUUCUUAAUUCCUUACACAUACAAUGGAGUAUUCCUAGAACAAUACUUGAUUCUUAACAGAGAGGAUUCCGCCAUAGCACGUCCAUUUCUACAAACAUACCCGCACAAUCAAGCUAAUGUGUUUCUUUGUACCACCGUGUACCACGAAGAUCCCAAAAUCAUGGCGCAAUACUUAGUAUGUUUGUCACGUAUUAACAACAAUAAACGGAAGUAUAACAGUUUAGAAACACACGUUGUGUUCGACGAUGCCUUUACAGCGUCUGGGACAUUGAACACGCAAGCACGGUGUUUUGUCAAUCUUUGUAAGGAGAUAUUGAAUAUUUCUACAAUGACACGAGAUAUAAAAAUGCCUUAUGGUAGUGAAAUGUUGAUAACACUGGAAGACGGGAUGGCUGUUUAUCUGCAUUUUAAAGAUUCUCUUAAGGUGAAGCAAGGUAAAAGAUGGAGUCAAAUGAUGAUUAUGUCUUGGAUAAUUGACACGAAAAGAAAUUCAAUUCACGAUCCUGCGAAUACUUAUUUCCUUACUUGUGACGUGGAUGUUUCGUUUACAUGUUCUUCUAUCGAGAAAUUGCUGGAUUUAAUGCUUCGCAAAUCAUUUGUUGGUGCUGCUACUUGUCGUGUGUUUGCUGAAGGGUCAGGACCUGUUGUCUGGUAUCAAAUAUAUGAAUACGCCAUUUGGCAUUGGUUAGUUAAGGCAGCAAACAGUGUGUUUGGAUCACUCUUGAAUUGUAACGGAUGUUUCAGUGUUUUUCGUCUGAAAGCUUUAUCUCAGGUCAUUCCAGUUUUCUCAAGACAAACAGAAAAUGGAGGCGACUACAUCAAAAAGGACUUGGGUGAAGAUCGUUUCCUGAGUUCUUUGCUAUUAAAAUCAGGCUGGGUGUUAGACUACUGUUCCUUGGCCGAAGUUUCAACUUUAUGUCCUGAAACAUUCGAUGGUUUCUUUCAACAACGGCGACAUUGGAUCAUGUCAAGUUUUGCCAACACUUGUUGUUUAAUCAAAGAUUUUUGGAAUAUUCGACAUUUUAAUUAUAAGUUGUCUGUACUUUUCUUUGCUUAUCUUAUUAUCAGCGUAUUUUUCAUGGUUAUCAGUCCUUCAGUGAUGAUCUGGAUGAUAACAGGAUCAGUAUUCUACAUCACAGGAGGACAUGAUGUUGUUACAGCUCUUGGUAUCACCCUUAUGGCCUUGUUACUCCUAUAUAUCGCUGUAUGUAUGUUUACACUCCCAGAUGUUCAUCGUGCCUUCGCUAAGGCUGGCUCGUACAUUCUUGCAGUUGUCAUAUUUAUCCUCGCUUUGGUUUCAUUGGGUCGCGUAAUUUCCAACCCUUACAACACCUUCCACCAUUCUGAUGACCCUCCUCAUGAUCUGGAUAAACAAAUGAAGAUCAGCGUAGCGAUGGUUUAUGUCAUUAUAUAUGUAGGAGUAUUUGUAGGGACAGCUCUUGUUUAUCCCAAAGAAUUUUUAUGUAAUUUACAAUCAUUAUGGUAUCUGUUGUGUCUCCCUGGAUUCAAUAUCUUCUUAUUUCCCUACACUGUUGUUAAUAUGGCCAAGACAAAUGAAGAAUUGGACACACCCGCCACGGUUCAUUGGUAUUACCGUCUGUUAGAGUUCGUGUGUCGAAGAAAGAAACCUGCAAGUCCACAGAAUGUGCAGAGUUUUUGUUGUAGUUGUUGUCCUAGUAUCAUUGAUACCGACCAUUAUGAGGCCGUCAUCAACCAUGAAGAAGAAGCGACAGAAACCGCUGACAAAUGUGAGGGAGUGGGACCUGAUGAUGACGUCAUCGUGAACAAAGAUGAGACAGUAGAAAUAUCCGAUGAAGGUGAAGAUGAAGGAAUAAUUGACGUUGGUGUCAGUGAACAACGUAAAUAUUGGCAAAAAUUAUGUCAGGAAUUCCUUCUUCCCUAUGAGAGAACCACUUUGAUCGAAAAUCGCAAACAACUAGUUUUCAUUGCUAAUGGAUCUCUGCUAGUUUUCUCUCUUGUUAAUAUUUUGUGGUUUAUUGUUGAUUACGGGUUUCUUCUCACAAGCCCGCUUGGUUUCGGCUCUUUAACAUUGUUCACUGCCGUAUUAAUCAUGCAGUAUAUUGCAAUGUUGUAUCACCGGCUUAUGACGGUCUCUUACGAACUUUCCCAAGCAUGUUUCUACCCGAAUAUGUCGCAACGACCUCGCCCGUGGGAACUACCGUCGAUACCAUAUCCUGGUUAUCAGCACGGAAAGAAUACCAUCGAUGCUUCUGCGUAAAUCUUCGUCUGUGUUGGGCGGUAUCUUUUAAUCUUUUAUAUCUUGUCAGAAAUGUAUUUCACUAAUUUCUGCACUUAGAAAUGUAAUUUCUUAAUUUCUUAAUGUUUCUCUAACGCCACUUGAAAAAAAUGAGACGAUUGUUAAUAAUUCAAUGCCUCAGUGAAGACAAAAUGAAUCCCUGAAAUAUGAAAAAGAUGACGGCUAUAUAUAACAUGGUAGAUUAGUUAAUAUUGCAUAAUUUAAAAAUAUGAUGAUAAACGUCAACAUAUCAAAUUCUUGUUUUCUUUUCCAUUUGAACUUUUUCUCUUUGAAAGACUUCAAUUACGUCACAUUCUUCACAUACAAGUGCGUAAAAAUUGGCUGAAAAAGACCGCAAAAUCGUCAUACAAGAAGCGUCCAAUUUUCGCAACUUUGAACACUCCAGGUGUGACCCUCUUGAACAGCUUAUAAUCUAAUAAUUUAAUUAUUAGACUAAUACUGUGCUAAUCUUUUGAAGUCAAAAUUCCAUUUGCAGUCCAGUUUCAGUCACGUUUAAAGUGCAUAACAUUAGCAUUGACAUGCAUUAUGCUCUCGGGGUGCAAGUAUUUAAAACAAUAUGUAUAUAAUACUAUAGAGUUUACAAUUAAGUUCUUAAUUUGGUUAUUGACAUUGUAUAGUACACCUUAGUAAGUCAGUAACCUUUUAGGAAUAGCGUAGUAUGAAAUGAACCCACACUUCACUGGUAUUCAUACGGGUAUAGCUGCUUAGCUAGAUAAUAUUAGGCAUUAGUUGUAAUAUAGAGGUCAUAGUAAUAAAUCCUAAUUGAUAAGUAAAUAAUUCCUUUAUCUAUGAAAUUAGAAAUGCCAAUGAAGUGUGCGUUAAUCUUUGCGUUCCUAAAAGGUUACUGCAUACUUACUGAGGUUCACAGGAUAUUAUUCUUUUUAGAGCCAAACGUGUAAUCUCGAAAGUGUAAUACCAUGGAUAGUUAAAAGAUUUUAUUAUCCAUGGUUAUAUACACAUUGCAUAAAAAAUCCGAUUUUGACAUUUUUAGACAAAUAGACUCGAAGAAUUUUAAUGGAAGUUCGUUAUUUAACACUAUUGAGAAUUACUUAUUUUUUAUUGAUUUUUUAUCUGUCACGGUUCCCAAAACGACUUGUCACCUUAAUCCGCUAAUAAGCUUGGUGCACUUAGCACACACACACACACACACAUACCACUCGUUAAAAAUGUGAUUUUUGCCAUAUAAUGAUAUAAGCAUAAUAUUAGCAUUGCAAAAAAAGAAAAUUGUUUGUAAAAAUAUCUUUGUAACCAUUUUUGAUAAUUAUCUUUGUAGUUAUAAUAGUGUGAAUACUACUGGAAACUCCUAGGAAAUCAACUUAGUUUCGGGACGUAAGUUAUUUUAGCCGUGUUUAUAUUAGGCUUGCGUUGAUUUUUGUAGUGUAAUUCACCUGGCUUCAGCCAAGAAUUCUGUUCAUAAUCGCAGGGCAGGCUUUACUUUUUGGGUCUUGCCGUCUGAGAGGGGGCCUAAAGCCGGCGGAUUUCCAUUCGGUGCAAAUUGCCGCGCGAAAAUAUUCUUUUGAAAUGUGUUCAGUUCAGCUCGUCCAAUGGGAUGAGUUACGCCUGACCCAGUAGGGAAUGUUGUGCUUGUAACUUCUGUGAUCCCGCUUUACAAGGUUGACCUUUCUUUCUUAAAUCUCUAGUCUAUUGGAGACAGGGAAUUUAAUGGA